UGUCCUACUUGAAACCUAUUCGGCCUUGUGGCUCUCGCGAGACUGCCUCGCCACGUAAUUACCUGCGCAUUGAACUCAAUCCGAAAAUUCCUCGGAAUAAAAAUCCCAAAUUGAAAACCCAGAUAGAAACCCCUCAAAAAUAAUAAAAAAAUGGGAAAGGGUUUUGCUCUCGUGCACUGGAUUCAGUCGAAACGAUCGGAAAUACUCAAGUGCGAACUGAUUCCCGAGAAGUUUCGUCGAGAGAAUGCCAUUGUGAAUUUAAAGUGCCGUCACUUGUUGUCUGGUGUGUCCGAGAUUCGUCUCGCAAAAAUAGUGAAAAUCGAGCAAAAUAAAACAGACUUGCAUAACAUCACAGUAGACCCAGAUACGGGAGUAAUAAUGCAAAUGUCAGCCAACAAAUCCCAGAAAAUAACAGGGAAAAAACCAGAAUCACUAGCGAAAAAGCUCCUCAGACUGAAAGACUCUAGAAAGAAGAAGAAAAAGUCUGGGAAACGAAAGAAAUCCAAACACAUUGACGAGUCUAGUGAUUCUGAUGAUUCAUCGAGCAGUGAUUCAAGCUCGGAAGAGUCAGCCGAUGAGCCUGGAGAUGACAGUGAUGAUGAGGGUGCCUCGAGAGCAGUGAAAUCCUUACUCUCCUCUGUGACAGCAGACAGUAUAAAGUUCGUCCGAAAGCUCCUCCCAUUGAUGGAGAGAGCGUACAAGAGACAGCAGAAGACUUCCCGAAAGCAGGAAACAAUUGUUGAAGAGCCAGAGCCAGAUCCAAUAGCAAUUAUUGAUCCCGAGCCGGUGAAUCUGCAGUCUAGUCUCGAGGGAUUCCUCCCACCAAUGACAAUAGCUGCAAUAUUUCAUCGGUGCCAGGAUCGAAUGGACUGGAAGAAACUAACGACUGAUGUACUCGUUGAAAUUUAUGGUAAACAAUUAGCACACCUGUCGGCUAAGGGUAGCAGAGGUGCGCAGGGCAUCGAUCCUGCUGUCUAUCGUGCCAUUUACGAUUUGGUAAACAUGAGACUGGGUUGGAUUCUCCCCACAAAAGAAUUCGUGAGGCACGUGAACAAAGUCUGUUCAAACCGUAAGAAAGCGCAGAGAAUGAAAAUGAUGAGCGCCCCGCCUGACACCUGGAGCGACGUUCAAGUGAAAUUAGAAUUGCCAACGACAUCGACUCAUGCUGAACCCCAGCAGGAAAUCGCCCCAGGGCCUUCCUCAAUCCCCAGUUAUCAGCAGUACAUGACUAAACCUGUGGAGAGUGACUCCAAGCCUGUAAUAACUGCGAUCAGGUCCGAAGAGAAUUCAGGGAGUUCCAUUCCUUCGUCUUCCAUGGCGGAGGGAGUUGCGCCGUCCGCACAUGGGAGUGAAUAUGGCUACAUCUCUGAGCCAACUUACCAGAAUCCUGUGUCGUCUCACCUCGACUAUGAAUUUUCAUCGUAAUCAUUCUUUAUUUUCAUAU